CCUGAGACCACAACACGGAGGUUGUUUAAUCCCCAGUCAGUCCCUCCCAGAGCAGCAGCACACCAGAGCCCUGUGCCGACAGUAGUCUACUAGCUAUUUCCUGUUCCACCCUCCUGGCUAAACACUGAACAGAGCUACCGCACUGUGGCAUGGCCCACAGCGGAGAUCACCAUCCACCGUGCAGUCACAGGCCCAUGUCUUGGUGAGCAGUGAGACCCUGACAAAUAGGGACACUCACUACAGCACAAGCAUACUUCAGACCUCUCUCGGUCCCGAGUUUGGCUGGUCCUCUUUCUGGUUGUGGUGUACAGCUGGCCCUGAUGUCGAGGAGAGAGGCAGCAGCACUUUUCUCUAUCUGAUUCUGUCUCCAGCUCUACAGAGAGGCCAUGUCAAGCAGCCCUGACUAACUGAGCCUUGGAUCUGCAGUUCAACAGUCUGAUCGGACUCCUACUCCUCUACACCUCUGGGAUCCUCAGGACCUCAUAUUGGAGACAGGCUGGUGGACGGUUGUCAUCAAACAAGGAGACAGGCUGGUGGACGGUUGUCAUCAAACAAGGAGACAGGCUGGUGGACGGUUGUCAUCAAACAAGGAGACAGGCUGGUGGACGGUUGUCAUCAAACAAGGAGACAGGCUGGUGGACGGUUGUCAUCAAACAAGGAGACAGGCUGGUGGAUGGUUGUCAACAAACAAGCAGAGAGGUCACAAUGGAACCAAUUAGGAAAGACAUGGAGCUGCUAAGUAACAGCAUGGCUACCUAUGCUCACAUCAAAGCUAACCCAGAGAGCUUUGCUCUGUACUUCAUGAUGGGUGUGUGUUUUGGCCUGCUCCUGGCCCUGUGCCUCCUGGUCACCGGCAUCACCUGUAGGACCCGCCGUACCAUUAAGCCUUCCCCCUCCCCAGAGAGGAGACAACUGAAGGAGUCCAGUGAAGAAGAGGAGGAUGAGGAGAGUGUGGAUGUGGAAGAAGGGGAGGAGGCAGAGAUCCCUAAAGUGACGGUUGUGCCCAUGAGCGACCGCAGCAGCCAAUCGAACGGUACUUUGAGGAGCGUGAAUGUGUUUGCGUCGGCGGAGGAGCUGGAGAGGGCGAGACGACUGGAGGACAGGGAGCGCAUCGUCAGGGAGAUCUGGAGGAACGGACAGCCUGAUAUACUGACCACUGGAACAGGGACCAUCGGACGGGUACACUACCACUAACGGACUAAAGGACCUAAAACACAUGGUCUGAACCCUGAACUAAUUAGGGUUGAUCUACUCCAGACAAACACUGUAGCUGACUUUAUUAGGCUGGCACAGAUUCACCUUCAUCUUUUCAUUCAAUGAUUAUUAUUAUUUUUUUUGUACAAACUUAUUUCAUUAUCAUUCAUGUACAGUCGUGGCCAAAAGUUUUGAGAAUGACACAAAUAUAUAUUUUCACAAA